AUGAAGGAGGACCUGACGACACUCGGCGUGUAUGGGCAGUUCAGGCGAGACGCAAAGAAUAGCGACGAAUGGAUUGAUUUUUCGCAAGCUGCAAGGCUGCGGUCAAAGACGACCCAACUCAAGAUGAUAUGGGCUUUCGAUUUAGGCGAUAAUAUCGGCCCACCAAUUCAGUCGAAAGCUAGGGCGUCCCCCAGAAGCGACGCGCAUUGUCCUCGCCCGGGCAAUGUGGCAAAUAUGCAAGGGCUACCGGCUAGAGGACGGACCCGGCCAAAGAAGCUAGUUCGCCAUCGCCAGCAACAUCCAGUGCGCUUGGCAACACUUAACGUUGGGACACUUACUGGAAGAAGUCGCGAACUGGCAGACAGUCUCAGAAAACGCCGUGUUGACAUAUGUUGUGUACAGGAGACUCGCUGGAAAGGCUCCAAGUCAAGGGAAUUAGGCGAUGGCUACAAGCUCAUCUACCACGGCGUAUCAAAUCGCAAUGGCGUUGGUAUCAUAUUGAACGAGUCGUUUAGAAAUAGCGUCACAGCGGUGGAUCGACUAUCGGAUCGCUUGAUGGCUGUAAAAGUAGAUACAGGAGAAGUGGAAUUGCGAGUCGUUUCUGCUUAUGCGCCACAGAUGGGCUGUAGUGAAGAAGAGAAGGCGUGCUUUUGGGAAGAUCUGGAGCAGUACGUCCAAUCCCUGGAAGGCGAAGAAGUACUUCUAAUCGGAGGAGACUUCAACGGACAUGUCGGUUCUCGGAAAGACGGGUUCGAGAGUUGUCAUGGUGGAUACGGUUUUGGAGCUCGCAACGACGACGGGUUGCGAAUCCUGGAGUAUGCUGUUGCAAGUGACUUGAUCAUUGCUAACACGCAGUAUCGGAAAAGAAAAUCGCAUUUGAUCACGUACACCAGCGGCGGUCGUGAAACACAAAUAGAUUUCUGGAUGUUACGUCGACGAGAUCGCCGACUUCUGCAGGAUUCAAAAGUCAUCCCUACAGACCAUGUCGCUGCCCAACACCAUCUGCUCGUUAUGGACUUGAAAAUCUCCCGUCCAAGGAAGAGACAUCCAAGAAUUGAAACACAGCGCAUCAAAUGGUGGAAUCUGAAGAAUCGAAAGGAGGUAUUUUUUGCGUCAGUGACUCCAUCUGCACUUCCCCACCCUACUCGUAGUGUGGAGGAAAUGUGGUCGUCUAUUUCCAGCGUUAUACGCUUGACCGCGGAGAACACUCUGGGAAAGACGACUCUAGGUAAGCCUAAAGUACAAAAGGCUGCGUGGUUUUGGAACGAGGAAGUUCAGGCAGCAAUUCGUGAGAAGAAGUCCAAGUAUAAGCUCUGGUGGAGGACACGUCAGCCUGAAAAUCGGGAUGCUUACCUAGCGGCGAAGAGGGAGGCUAAGAAGGCAGUCUCCAAGGCGAAGUCGGACCGCAAAAAGGCUGUGUACGACAUGCUUGAUACUAGAGAAGGAGAGCGGGCAGUGUAUCGUUUAGUCAGAGCGCGACAUCGCUCAACGUUGGAUAUGGAACACACCAGGAUCGUUAAGGGAGCUGAUGGAGCCGUUCUGCGCCGCCCUGGUCAGAUCCUGGAGAGGUGGCGAGAGUACUACAACCAGUUGUGUAACGAAGAGUUCUGUCAUCCUCCGAUCCCAACUGUUCCCAGCGUCGAGGGUCCAGUUCUACCAAUUACUGCCGUCGAAGUCAGUGCUGCCCUCGCAAAAAUGAAGUCGAACAAGGCAACCGGUCCUGAUGACAUACCUGCUGAUGUCUGGAAGCUGCUAGGAGAUCGAGGUUUUGUGAAGGACUGCAGCACUAUAGAUGCUAUCCAUGCUGUCCGUAUCCUUCUGGAGAAACAUCGAGAGAAGAACCGCAGUGUGCAUCUUGUUUUUCUCGAUCUCGAGAAAGCUUUCGACCGUGUCCCACAUGAGCUGUUAUGGAUGUCCAUGAGGUCGCAUAGAGUACCAGAGGAAUAUGUGCGGUGGGCAAAGCUGCUUUAUGCGAAGCCUACCAGUGUUAUCCGAUGUGCUGCUGGAACAAGCAGGCCAUUCCCUGUACAUGUAGGAUUUCUCCAGGGUUCAUCCCUCUCACCCCUGCUGUUCAUACUGUGCAUGGACACGAUAACGAAGGAAAUGCAGAAGCAGCAUCCGUGGACUCUACUCUUUGCCGAUGAUGUCAUGCUUGCGUCGAAGGCUCGAGGUGAUCUUCAGAAACAAGUACAGUCUUGGAAGGAUCGGCUACAGAAAUAUGGAUUGCGCCUCAACACAUCAAAAACUGAGUACAUGGAGUGCGGACCAAGGAUAGAGGAUGGUUCAAUUCGUGUCGAUGGCACAGAAUUAGACAAGGUGAACUGUUUCAAGUACCUUGGAUCCAAAAUGACUUCCACAGGCGACAUUGAUCAAGAAGGUCGAGCACGUGUUAAUGCGGCAUGGAUGAAAUGGAAAAUGGCAACAGGCGUACUGUGCGACAAGAAAGUCCCUGUUCGACUGAAGUCGAAGAUCUACAGGACGGUUGUGCGUCCUGUUGCCCUCUACGGAUGCGAGUGCUGGCCGACGACGAAAGCCUUGGAAAGAGUUUUGCACGCUAUGGAGAUGCGGAUGUUAAGGUGGACGAUAGGUGUAACGCUAAAAGAGAAAGUAUCCAACGACACUGUGCGCUCCAUCUUCGGCGUCGUCCCGAUAACUGAGAAGAUGAAGGAGGCCCGACUGAGAUGGUUCGGUCACGUCUUGCGGCGAGAGGAAGAUUCUGUUGCCAAAACCGCACUGAAGCUCGACGUUUCAGGAGUGAGGCCGCGUGGGAGGCCAAAGAUUCGCUGGUUAGACCGUGUGAAGCUGGAUAUGAUAGAUGCACGUUUACGUACGGCUGAUGCAAUGGAUAGAACCAAAUGGAAGACAAGAAGCAGAAAGGCGGACCCUGCAACAACGCGGCACAAACGCUAG